AUGUCAGAAGAAGCAAAUACAAUUCUGGAUGUCCAAUUUAUCAAAAAAGAACCUGAAGAAUACACAAUAGAAGAAUGUCAAAGUGAAUACGGUUCUGAAGAAGAAGACACUAAUAAUUUCCCAGAUAUAAAUUCAGAAUGUUCUCAAGACCAACCACCAUCAAUCGAGUUCCAACCACAAGAAGAACCAUCUCUCCCUGCCUCGAGUAACCAAAAAACCUCCAAAAGAAAGUUAUUAAAAUGCAUGUAUUGUGACACAGUCUUUACUCGCUUGAGCAACCUAACAUACCACAUAAACAGCCACACUGGAGACCGUCCUUAUAAAUGUGAGACAUGCGACAAGUCCUUCAGAAGACCCGAUCACAUCAAAAGACACCUAAUAUCCCACCACAGUUCACGUCCUUUCGAGUGUCAAAUAUGUGAUAAAGCCUUCACCACCAUCGACACAUUAAACACCCAUAUGCAAAUGCACAGUGAAAAACGACGUUUUGGUUGUGAUGUCUGUAAUCGAAGGUUCCUUAAAGCGGCUGCUUUGAGACAGCACAUGAUGGUUCAUACGGGGGAGAAGCCUCAUAAUUGUGGGAUCUGUGAUAAGGCUUUUCAGAACACGUCUAAGCUGAAGAGACAUAUGGUGUCUCAUACGGGGGUGCAGAGUUUUAAAUGUGAUGUGUGUGAGAAAUUGUUUACAUAUGCGGGUAGUUUGAAAAAACAUAAGGUGAUUCAUGAUAGGAAUUAAUAUGUGCAAUGAUAAAUGAAUAUUAAAAUGUUUAUAUUAAAACAAUAUAGAAAAUAA